AUGAACAAACUUGUCAUCUUGAUUGCGUUUAUAUGCUUUGGUCUUGUCGCGGCUCGGAGACACUUCGGUGGAGAACAUCACAACGAUGGUGGUGAUCGUUUUUCGUCGGGUGAUGAUAUCAAUCGAUGGGCAUCAAAAUUAUGUGCCAAUAGCAGUUUAGCUCAAUCGUUUCUUAAUCAAACUCGAGCACUUAUCACACAAUUGAACUCAAAUGGCUCUUUUGCACAAGUUCUUCAACAAAAAACACAGGAAAUAGGUUACAUAGAAAGUGAUACCAAUGCAGCUCUGCUCUCGUCAAAUUGUACACAAUAUUUCAAAGGUCUUGCAGCUGCACGAAAUGCUGAUAUGCAAACACAACGUCAACAACAAGAAUAUCAGAACAUAGCUACUCGUCUCUUCAAGCAAAUCAGUGCAAAUUUCUGGAGUAAUGAUAAUAAUAGCAGUGAAGCCGACUAA